AUGAAAUUGAGUUAUCUUGUUCAUUUCUUUCCGUCUGCGGGAGGAAUGUUCUACUAUGCAAAUUAUUACUUGAAUUUCAGCAAAUUACUGGGAAUCACCAAAGAGUCAAAGGUGGAUUUCCAGACUUCGCAAAAGCACAUUCUAGAGAUGUAUCGCUCGGGGAAGGAAAUUCCUUGGGACGUUCGCAAACCGCAACCUGCACUCGAGGACGCAGAGCGGGAGGGGCUGUUCAAGGGGGUGGUGCUGGAUGCAGGAUGCGGGUUCGGAGACAACGCCAUUUUCCUUGCCAGUAGCUUGACCUCUGCUGUGGCCAGGAAGAGCGGAGUGGAGAGCGAGUGUGAGUUCUUUCAGGCAGACGCCCUCAACUUGGACAAGAGCGUCUUGAGCGGUCGAAAGUUUCAGACCAUCUUGGAUUCAGCAUGUCUCCAGUGCUUUGAUCCCAAAACCCAGAACGACUACAUCAAGAACAUCGUGCCCCUGCUGGAGGCCGGCGGAGCUCUUGUCCUCCUGGUCGUCUGCAAUCAGAGUCAACUAAGAAGUUGGUGUCGGGGGCUGCGAUGGAUGGAGGGUCAUCUCAACGAGCUGUUCUGCGCGGAGAGUGGGUGGAUGAUCCAGGACAUGCUGCAUACGGUCUUUCUAGAGAACAUCCCCAUGGUCAGAAUCAACAAGGGCGUUCGAAGCUUCGAGCCCGUCACUCCCUCCCCCUGCCUCCGCAUGGUCGCGGUGAGACCGUUGGCGCGGAGCAACCAGCUCCAGCUCGUGGUAGCAGCAAGUGCGCUCGCCCUUCUUGCCAGCGGGGUGUUCCUGCUCCUGCGAGGAAGAGCAGGCGUGAGGUGA